GAAGUAGUACAGAACGCGAACGUGCGCAGGGAGAGCAGUGCGUGCGUUCAAAGAGUGCGGCUGCUGUAGGUUCUGGUAAGUGGAGGACUACCCAAACUCAACACGGUAUGAGGAAAGCAGCGUGAUAUUAUUGUAGAAUGAGAGAAGAAAAUUAGGCGUAUGUGAGUAAAAUGGUUUAUCAUAGACUUUAUUGCAGCGUGGAAGAAUAAUCAAUGCCCACUUUUUCCAGGGCAAAAUGAGCUCGGAUGCGGAUGAACUAACGUGAGCGCAAUCUGGGGUUGAUUCGGAGAGGGUCUGUGCGCGCUGCGCAGGAGGUUGAACAUUGGUGACAGUUUAUUAAAGAAUAGAAGAAGCCUCUGUUAUUGAGGUCUUUACUCUAACAUCCCAUUGAAACUGAGGGCGCAAAGAAACGAACGUCAAUAGACAGUAUGACGGCUGUACGAGGCGCCCAUGCACAUAAUGGGAGCUCCGCUGGAUCAAAGGAGAAUGGACAAAACGCACCGAGCCCUAUUCACACCGAACCCAAUACAAACGAAUUUCCACCGGCAAACAUCGUCGAUGACACGUCUGGGUCGUCCGUUGGUGACCUAACUCAGACAUGGAUUCAGUUUACAAAGACAUUCCUGCUCAUUUUCCCCAUAUAUGUUUUGGGAUAUUUUGAAUUCAGUUUCAGUUGGCUCUUAAUAGGACUUGUAAUAUUCUUCUGGUGGAGGAGAAACACAGGAGGCAAGAACACCCGACUGUACAGAGCCUUGGCGUUCUUUGAACAAGAGGAGAGAACUGUCAAGCAAAGUCUGACAACUUCUGAUUUGCCAUCAUGGGUAAGACCAAGAUUACUUUAUGAAGGGAGCCUUUGGGUUACUGUAACUGUGCAUAGCAUGUUAUCUCUAUCCCCCUAUUCAAUUAGUCUCUGGAUUAUUAGAUGGCUAUAUGACUACCACAUUUGAUUAGCCUAUAUCAAAUGUAUUUGAACAUGUUUUUUCUAUAACCCAAAUAAGCCGAGUGCACAGCACACGUGAAUAUUUUUGUUUGUUAUUGAGUUUCUAAGAAAACCAUCACCCGGUGAUCAGAAGACAGAACAGUGUUCUGUCCCCAGCAGUGACAUUAGACUAAGCCCCUCUAAAUACAGCAUGGUACAAUGGUAAACCGGACACCAGGGUGGGAGGGACACAUGGGCCCCAAUCUCAUUGCUCUGCCACUGUUGUGGUAACUAACAACACUUUGCAUGCAUGAUUAUGCCUGGAAGAUGCACCCAAUCUAACCUCACUUAUUGUUCGCCUGGUUCCAGGUCUGUUUGUACUAUCAUUGGCAUGACAAUGAGUGACAAGGAGUUGGCAUGAUGGCACAAACAGUCUGGCACGCAGGCUAGCAAAGUGUAGGGCCAUAGGAGAAACCCCCAACUUAAAUGCAACUUGACAAUAAUGCCAUCUGACUCAAGUUGAAGACAUCAACUAGGCCUAUACUUGGGAAAUUAGAAUUAUUCAUAAUUUAUAAGCUGCUUGACAUCUGCUCAGCAAGUGUCAAACUAGGACAGUAUCAUUGUUUGGCUGUCUCUUCUGUCCUUUUAGCUGACAAGGUAACUACUAAUUUGGUUAAGGGGAAAAACAUGUGGUGACAUCAUAUUUUUAUCCUAAAUGUUGGCAUUGUCACACUGUCAUGCCUUGUGACUUCUCUCCUAAGACACAUUUUCCCAAAGGGCUCUGUUAAAAUACAGUGGGGGGAAAAAAGUAUUUAGUCAGCCACCAAUUGUGCAAGUUCUCCCACUUAAAAAGAUGAGAGGCCUGUAAUUUUCAUCAUAGGUACACGUCAACUAUGACAGACAAAUUGAGAAAAGAAAAUCCAGAAGAUCACAUUGUAGGAUUUUUAAUGAAUUUAUUUGCAAAUUAUGGUGGAAAAUAAGUAUUUGGUCACCUACAAACAAGCAAGAUUUCUGGCUCUCACAGACCUGUAACUUCUUCUUUAAGAGGCUCCUCUGUCCUCCACUCGUUACCUGUAUUAAUGGCACCUGUUUGAACUUGUUAUCAGUAUAAAAGACACCUGUCCACAACCUCAAACAGUCACACUCCAAACUCCACUAUGGCCAAGACCAAAGAGCUGUCAAAGGACACCAGAAACAAAAUUAUAGACCUGCACCAGGCUGGGAAGACUGAAUCUGCAAUAGGUAAGCAGCUUGGUUUGAAGAAAUCAACUGUGGGAGCAAUUAUUAGGAAAUGGAAGACAUACAAGACCACUGAUAAUCUCCAUCGAUCUGGGGCUCCACGCAAGAUCUCACCCCGUGGGGUCAAAAUGAUCACAAGAACGGUGAGCAAAAAUCCCAGAACCACACGGGGGGACCUAGUGAAUGACCUGCAGAGAGCUGGGACCAAAGUAACAAAGCCUACCAUCAGUAACACACUACGCCGCCAGGGACUCAAAUCCUGCAGUGCCAGACGUGUCCCCCUGCUUAAGCCAGUACAUGUCCAGGCCCGUCUGAAGUUUGCUAGAGUGCAUUUGGAUGAUCCAGAAGUGGAUUGGGAGAAUGUCAUAUGGUCAGAUGAAACCAAAAUAGAACUUUUUGGUAAAAACUCAACUCGUCAUGUUUGGAGGACAAAGAAUGCUGAGUUGCAUCCAAAGAACACCAUACCUACUGUGAAGCAUGGGGGUGGAAACAUCAUGCUUUGGGGCUGUUUUUCUACAAAGGGACCAGGACGACUGAUCCGUGUAAAGGAACGAAUGAAUGGGGCCAUGUAUCGUGAGAUUUUGAGUGAAAACCUCCUUCCAUCAGCAAGGGCAUUGAAGAUGAAACGUGGCAGGGUCUUUCAGCAUGACAAUGAUCCCAAACACACCGCCCGGGCAACGAAGGAGUGGCUUCGUAAGAAGCAUUUCAAGGUCCUGGAGUGGCCUAGCCAGUCUCCAGAUCUCAACCCCAUAGAAAAUCUUUGGAGGGAGUUGAAAGUCCGUGUUGCCCAGCGACAGACCCCAAAACAUCACUGCUCUAGAGGAGAUCUGCAUGGAGGAAUGGGCCAAAGUACCAGCAACAGUGUGUGAAAACCUUGUGAAGACUUACAGAAAAUGUUUGACCUGUGUCAUUGCCAACAAAGGGUAUAUAACAAAGUAUUGCGAAACUUUUGUUAUUGACCAAAUACUUAUUUUCCACCAUAAUUUGCAAAUAAAUUCAUUAAAAAUCCUACAAUGUGAUUUUCUGUAUUUUGUUUCCUCAUUUUGUCUGUCAUAGUUGACGUGUACCUAUGAUGAAAAUUACAGGCCUCUCUCAUCUUUUUAAGUGGGAGAACUUGCACAAUUGGUGGCUGACUAAAUACUUUUUUCCCCCACUGUAGUUGUUGCGGGCACUUCAUCACCUUUUAAUGUGUAUAGAACCCUGCUGGAGUUAGUGUGAUAAAUUAGCUCUGAAGUUCUCUCUAAAGAUGACUUAACUCAAUUUAAAAGUAAAUGAAAUGUCUGCCUCAGUGCCACUCCACACAGGUAGCUGCCAGCAGCAACGAUUCAGGGAGUCAGUAUAUUAGUGUUUUCUCAUCAGAGUGCACUAGUCACUGCUGUGCUGCACUGGACUGGUUACACUGUGUUGUGCCCUGUUGUUUGCAGGCUGCCGUAGGCACGCCUCAGGCACUGAAGGCGAGACUGACCGCUGGUGCUCAGCUUCCUCAGUCUGGACACUACCAGCUGGUCACUGAGACGCUGAAAUGUGACACUUGGGUUGUGUUUCUGAGGAGGAGGAGAAGGAGGUGGAGGAGUAGGAGGAGAAGGAAGAGGAAGAGUAGGAGGAGAAGGAAGAGGAAGAGGAGGGGGAGAAGGAGGUAUCUGAAACCAUGAGCUAUACUAAAGCUUCCUGUCCUUCCUGUCCUCUGGGAGACACAUUUGCUCAGAGUUGCUCUUCCACCACACUGAGAAAUACACCUAUUCCUUAAUAGAGUAAUACUUUUGACCAGGGCCCAUAGAGCGAUCUAAUAGGCACAAAGCUAAUACUUGCCCACCUCCUUGUCAAGCUAGUAUAAUGUGUUCUUCUCCUGCUUUUUUGAUUGGAAUUGAACUCCACAGUCCACAGUCUCCACCUUUGCAUCUGUGCAUUUGUGUUUAGAUGCAUUUUACAUUUACAUUUGAGUUAUUUAGCAGACGCUCUUAUCCAGAGCGACUUACAGUUAGUGCAGUCAUCUUAAGAUAGCUAGCUGAGACAACCACAUAUCACAGUCGUAGUAAAUACAUUUUUCUCAAUACAUAAGUUUCAGAAAAGUCAAUACUAGUAGGAAAAGACAGGUGCAAGUUUAUAUAGUAAAAAUCAUUUUGCCCACGCUGGCGCUGCAGACGGCUAUAUCAGUCUGCUAAUACAGGACUAUUAAAGGCCCAGUGCACUACUUAAUUUUUUUUUAUUUUUUAUUAAUAUAUAUUUUUAAACAUUCUUAUUUUUCAGGGGGGUGCGCAUCCCUACUUCCCGCGGCUAUGGUUCUACCAAGAACCAUUUUAGCAUCUAAAGGUUCUUCCUAGAACCGUCUAUUAAGGGUUCUACCGAGAACCCUGUUAUCUUUUGGAGGGUACUUCCUACAACCCUCUAUGAACGGUUCCACCAGCCUUAUUAGCCUUUAAAAUGUACCGUAUUUUCCGCACUAUAAGGCACACCGGAGUAUAAGCCGCAGCAGCUAAAUUGAAUGAUAUUGAAUGAUGUGUACAUAUAUAAGCCGCACUGGACUAUAAGCCGCAGGUGUUUUAAUGUUUAAUUACCAUAUGUAAGGGUUCGUGCACAGAGGGGAUUGUCGGGAAAGAGACAAUCUGUCUCGCUCUCGUAAUGUCUGUCUGUCUUGCUCUCGUUCUGUCUCUCGUACCACUCUCGGUUCCACUUUUACUUUUGCGCGCUACCUGUCUCACUCUUUUCCGGCCUCCAGCUUUUCCUGCUGGAGCCCGCCGCUUAAAGGUGGGGGGCGCGGACCGGUCAUAGAGCCCAUAGAGUUAAAGUUGGUGGACUGUAACCUGUAAAAUCCAUAGAUUUAGGAGGUCUUCUAGUGGCCGUUAGCUGUAAAAAUCCAUAGAUUAGCCGCACCGUUAUAUAAGCCGCAGGGUCGAAAAAUGGGAAAAAAGGUGCGGCUUAUAGUCCGAAAAUUACGGUAAUUAUUUAUGACAAUACAUUACAUAUAUCAUAAGGCCUUUCUUUGAGGGCCUAGUUAUACCGUAACACAGUGGUGUUAGGAAACUCCUGGUUUACAGGCCACGUCAGGCCUGCAAGUGACAUUAUUCUGGCAUGCAAAGUGAUGUGUAAUUCCAAUUGGAAUCCAGCCAGAGUUAGGAUAUCGAACAAGUGGAAUUGUUAAUCACCCGCAAACUUCAUUCAGAAUGACUGCCAAGGUAGGGAAGAUUGAAUAUUGAGACUACCUCAGUACUCUAAACUAAAACAACCAUCUCAGUAACGGGGCAAUAAAUCCAAUUACUAACAGAUUUAAUUAGUUUAGAAAACUGUAUGUUAUUCAUCUUUGUGUAGCAUAAAAUGUAUCAACCAAUCAAUGUACAUGCAAAAACACAGAUAUUACAGUAAAACAAACCAUUCUGAAAAUCUCCCUGCAAGAGGAUGCUGGGAAAUGUUAUAUAUGGUUCUAUGUAGAGCCCUUCUUACCUGGAUUAAGACCUGCACUGCAUUCUGUGUGAGAUAGGGUCGUACUCUACGGCUGUUGUAGAGCAUGAACCUGCAUGAGUGAGUCACUGCUUUGAUGUUUGCAGAGAACGACAGGGUGUUGUCCAGGGUCACGUCAAGAUUCUUUGCACUCUGGGAGGGGGACACCAUGGAGUUGUCAAGUGUGAUGGAGAGGUCUUGAAGCGGGCAGGCCUUUCCCGGGUGGAAGAGCAGCGCCGUCUUGCUCAGGUUGAGCUUGAGGUGGUGGGCCAACAUCCAAACUGAGAUGUCUGCCAGGCACGCAGAGAUGUGUCGCCACCUGCGUGUCAGAAGGGGGGGAAGGAGAAAAGUAGUUGAGUAUCAUCCGCAUAGCAAUGAUAAGAGAGACCAUGUGAGGAUAUGACAGAGCAAGUUACUUGGCUGCAACAAAUGCCCCUUAGUUUCAGUGCAUAUACCUUUGAGUGAGUAGAAGGGAAGGGAUAGAUCAUGUAACACAGCAGUGUAAUAACAGAUGAUCUAUAACCGUUUUCCUAUAGGUUUCUCCUUGAGACAAGCUGAGUGAGUUGCAUCAGAACAUAGCUAAAAUGUCAUACCUUAAAAUAGUGAUUGCCGACUGCUCCUGUUUGUUUUGAUUGGAAAAUACGUAUGCUGUGAGUCAGGCUGCUGCGUAGCACUGCCUACACUAAUGUAAAAUCCUGCUACUUAUUCAGGCUCCUGUGAGACACAAGCAUCAUCUCAAGUACGGAAAAACAACCAAAUCUCUUUGGGGGAUAGUCACAUUGAUGUCCACUCUAAUGGAGUUGUAUACCUCCAGGUGUUUAAUGUUUUAAAUAUUAAGUAGAUCCAAGUUGCUUCUAUAAUAUGCUUUGAAAGUAUUUCCAUAGUUAUAUAACAGCAUCCCCAUUCAAUCCACUUAAAUGGACAGUACUGCAUUUUAAAUUGCUUCUCAAUUUCUGUUGUGAGGUGUGAAGUACCUCUUGACAGUUGCACAGUAAUUUGAUAUCACUCAUUUAUUUGUUGAGUAAAUUAUGUAUCCGUAAGGCACUAUCCUCUGCCAGCUAUUUUGUGAAUUGGUUGCUUUACAGUAUGUGUCAGGUUAAUAGAAACCAUGUCCACUUGAGUGCUCCUGGUUGCAUAACAGAGGCUGGUAAAAAAGCUAGGCUUGAAUCUGUCAAACCCAUCAGUAGUUUAUCUCCCUACUUCCCACUCCUCUUACUGUCCAAUCCUAUGCUCCUCUACGCUGUCACGCUAAUGCUGGAUCAGCGCUUUUCUCACCUGCAUUAGCAUCUCUGCCUCCUGUAGCUCUCGCAUGCAAUGUCGUUGCCACGGUUACACCGCUGGAGCCGCUGCUCCUAAGGGGAUAACACAUGACAGCACACUUCCUCUGUGUUGUUCUGAAAAGGCGUAGCCUCAUUAGAAAAGUUUUGCUUUUAGACUAUGAUGAUUGUUGGCUUAUGAGAGCCAGUGUUAUUUGUUUUAUGUGUGUGUGUGCACGUGUGGGUACAGUAUGUGGGCAGUGUGUAUGCUCAGGGCUCUCCUCUCUCUCACUGAUGCUCAUACUGUGUGCAGUGGCCAGCUCCAGCUCCAGCUACAGUACUGUUAUAUCUUUGGAAUAGCCAGGAGGGGUUCAGGCAGACUGCAGGACUACGUCCCAAAUGGUACACUAUUCCCUACAUAGUGCACUAAUUUUGACCAGAGCCAUAUGGGCCCUGGUCAAUAGUAGUGCAAUAUAGGCAAUAGGGUGCCAUUUGGGAUGCAACGCAGGCUACAGCCAGACUUCUGCUGGACCUAGGCAGAAUAUCUCAUGUCCAACAGCUAUUUCAGUUAAAAUAACAAUGUACAAUGUGGUUGUUAAGAUGGAAUCAGUGACUACAGGUACUAGAAAAUGGGUUUUGAGCAUGUAAACAGUAAUUAUUUCUUACUUUUUUCUCUUUAGGUCAACUUCCCAGAUGUAGAAAGAGUAGAGUGGCUGAACAAGGUAAAAUAACAAAAAGGAAUUGUUAGAUUUUCCACUUGUAUGUUGAUGAGGACCUACUUUUCAUGUUUGGAUUAGCGGUGUAGAUACGGAAAUCUUUUGUCUUGCCCUUUCACCCUCUGAAUGGCACACAUACACAAUCCAUGUCUCAAUUGUCUCAAGGCUUAAAAUCCUUCUUUAACCUGUCUCCUCCCUUUCAUCUACACUGACUGAGGGUUAUUUAACAUAUGCUCUGUUUUUGCAGCAUACUCUAUGCAUAAAUCAGGAAGUUAAUCAGAUUUAGAGUCUCUUAAGCCUUAGGACUGUCAGAUUUAAAAGUCUCUUAAGCCGUUCCCUACACGCGUAGAAAAAAGGGUUCCAAAAGGGUUCUUCGGCUGUCCCUAUAGGGGCACCCUUUUUGGUUCCAGAUAAAAGGUUCCAAAGGGUUCUACCUGGAACCAGAAAGGGUUCUUCAAAGGUUUCUCCUAUGGGGACAGCUGAAUAACCCUUUUACGUUCUAGAUAGCACCUUUUUUUCUAAGAGUGUAAGGUAAUGACCUGGGACCUAAGUUUCAAAUAUUUAUCGUACAUAACAUAGAGCAGAUAACAAUUAAAAUGUUUGAAUAUAUGUAUUGAGUUUCCCCAGUAUUGUGAAUGAUAAAACUGAUUGAAAUGCUUUUGCAUCACUUUCAGGAUAUUGCUGGGCCUGUAUUCUCAGUCUAAGAGAAGGAGUGCUAAUCUAGGACCAGGUCUCACCUGUCUUAUUCCAUGAAAGGCAAAACUUAGCACUUCUACUCAGGCACUUUGUGAAUAUGGGACCUGAUCUGAUAUUAAAUAAUGAAUUCAGUGAAUUCAGCUCCUUCACUCUGCUUCCUACAUUUCUGUGAAGACUUACUGUAUGAUGGUCAGAAUGUGGGCCCGGUACCAACUCACUGAUCCGUUCCUACUCUCUCUGGCCUUGCAGACUGUGAGACAGAUGUGGCCGUAUAUUUGCCAGUUCGUAGAGAAGCUGUUCCGUGAGACUAUUGAGCCGGCCGUGAAGGGAGCCAACUCCCACCUCAGCACCUUCCGCUUCAGCAAGAUCGACAUGGGGGACAAGGUGAACAUCAAGACUUAUCAGCAGGAGUCUCUACCUAACCCUGCCUUAUGUUUAUAAGAUGGUUUUCGACUGUUCAACCGUUGGGGACAGGCACUCAAACCUCCCCAAUCUAGUUUUAAAGGUCCAAUGCAGCCGUUUUUAUCUCAAUAUCAAAUCAUUUCUGGGUAACAAUUACAUACUUUACUGUGAUUGUUUUUCGAUUACAAUGGUCAAAAAUAAACAGAAAUAGCUUCUUCGCAAAGAACAGUUUCUCAAGCAAGAAUUUUGCUAGGACUGUCUGGGAGUGGGGAGGGGAAAACGGAAAACUAGCUGUUAUUGGCAGAGAGGUUUGGAACUCUCUCUUAUUAACAAAUGUACUGCAUGGUGAUGUCACAUUGGAAAGGACAAAGCUCCAUCCCACCAAAACAGGCUUAUUUCAGGCAUUCUUUUCAAACAGCUCUUACACUUUUCUUAUAGUGCUCAAGCACCCCUAGAACUGUAUCUGUGCAUGUGUCUGUGUUGUAGGGACAGCUGGUGGGUGUUUCCCAAAUAGUUUCCAGGAGGGGUCACAUAGUAGUGGCGAUGUUUCAUGCUGGGUAGAACACAAGUGGGGGUCUGAGGCCUAGUGGUAAUGUUGUGAUGUCAUUUGUCUUGUGUUCGUCUUUAAGCCUUUAAGGAUCAACGGGGUCAAGGUUUACACAGAGAAUGUGGACAAGCGUCAGAUUAUCAUGGACCUACAGAUCAGGUGACCUGACUAUCUCCAUUUUGGGCAGAUUGUAGCCUUUGGCUUGUCAUAGAAUGUACUGUGUGUAGUAUAUAUAUAUUUUUUAAUUGAAUAACAUACAUAAACACUUUCCUGUGAUUUUUGAUGAUGCUAAACAUUUCUUUCAGUUUUGUUGGAAAUACUGAAAUUGAUGUGGACAUCAAAAGAUACUACUGCAAAGCUGGUAUUACGGGUAUACAGGUAAUAACAUUAUGUUCUUGUCUCAUUCUCUGUUGUCUUAGGAUAAAUUAGAGACAUAAAAACAUAACGUUUUAAUUUUUGGGUGAUAGGUUUUUCAAAUGUCAUUUCUUAGGGAUGUAAAACUUUAACAAACCACCCUUCACUUGCAGUCGGAAUUGGAUCUGGGGCAUGAAUAUAUAUGAACUAUACAACUCUGUAAUGGAUGCUCUGAUUGUUGAUAAUGUCACUGGAAACCUGUUCAGAAGAGUCGAGGACAGUAAACUCCAAACAAAUGUUUUGACUGCAUGUAAAAGUGACUUUAUUAUGCCUGCUUGCUCAAUUACACUGGCUUGCAAACAACAUUAGAUCAGUUUUUAUUGCAAUGACUUGCAAGCAAUAUACUGUGUGUGAAUGUAAAAUGUAAAUGUAAAUGAUCAGUUACCUUGUGUGCAGUGUUAAUUUUGUAGUUUUAGACUUAGUCUUUUGACUAAAAUACCUUUUCAUCUUAGUCACAUUUGAAAAAUGUCAUCCUUCUUAAUUUUAGUUAUUAUCAGUCGACUAAAACUUGGGACAAUUUUAGUCUAGUUUUAGUCCCAGUCAUUUAAGUCACCUAUUAGUCAGUGCAUUUUUUUACCCCAUUAAAUAAUUGAUAUUUACCUCUAACUUCCAUCAUGUGCACAUUAAGAUAGCCUUGUCCAACUAGGCCUACUAUCCCCUCAUAUAGUGGGCAACAUUGCUAUUGUGGCAGAUUGUAACCAAUGCCAGCCAGUGUUAAUUUCAUCAACAAUAACUAUGACAAAAAAUAUGAUUAAACAAUCUAUUUUUCCUGAUGAAAACUAAUGAUGAUAACGAGACGAGAUGCCAUGAAAAAACCCAAUAACUAUAACAAACUCGUUUUUUUAUUUAUAUUUGACGAAAAUGUGACGAGAUGAGAAUUCCAUAAACAUUCAAUUUGACAUGAAGCUCCUUUUCAUCUGUUUUGUCCAAUCAUAAGCAUGCAUGCCUUUUGCAGAAUAUUUUAUGCUAUCCUCUCAUUGGCAGAAUUAACAACAUUCAGUUGCACAGUCUGAUUGAGCUGAUCUGCUUGGCUCUCCCAAAGGCUACAGCUCCCGGGAGGUCACUUCAGUCACUCGUUUGAACUGAUGCGCAGCCAGGACUCUUCAAUUGUAACAAACCUCAACUAGAAACAAGAAUUUUUACUCCCUUUCAUGUAGGCUAUUUUUGCUUUGAUCACAUCAGAAGCUCUAUUUUGCCAUGUGCACUGUUAUUCAUCCGUGUUGCCGUUCUCGCAGUUGGCAAAAUGCGAGUGCAGUUGUUUUUUCACUAUAGGAAAUAUGAAUUCUAUUUGCUGAGUAUUAGGAGUACAGUAAUAACUCUGGCAUUGUUGGAAAGCUCGGAUUCUCCCUUUUUUUUAUGGAAUCACUGUUAUUUACCCCCAUCCCAAGGUUAUGAUUGGGAGAAAAGAGCUGUAUGCAUAAACUGUUAACCUGUAGCCAAGGCUUUGUACUGUAGCCUAUAUGGUAAAUCAAGGCUGGCAUCAGUGUUAUCGUUUUCUUUCAUGGCAUCUCGUCUCGUUUUCCUCAGGAAAAAUAGGUUGUUGACUAAUAUUUUUUGUCAUAGUUAUUGUUGACUAAAUGAACGCUGCUUGUGUGUGUAUAUGUGUGGGAGAAAAUAGAGAGUAGGCCUUGAACAAAACAAGUGUUUAUAUGUCUUUGGUCAUUGCAUAACAGGCAGCAGUGAAACAUAGCUGGCAGGGAAAAGCAAUCAUUAGUAUCAUCCUACAAAGAUAUUUACUCCACAAAGAUAUUUACUUCACAAAGUCCUAUUAUAAAGUACCGGCUCACAUUUCUCAUACUCACAGUACAUCUUAUAGAGGAGUUUGGAAACACCAUGCUUAGCGUCUUUGAGGGGGAGUUUAAAUCCUGUCAUAUUUUUGUGUGUGAUUGUAUUUUUUUAUUAAACAAAUAAAUACAGCAAUUGAGACAGACAAUAGACACUGGGGUCUUUAUAUGGAUAAUUAACAUUUUGUUUUAAACUCAUGUCGAUUGAACAAAAAUAAUAGUGUGGCCGGUUUUGCUCAUAUACAGUAUCAGCACUUAAACAAACUGCUUGUCUUGAGAGAUAUAAUUAGCUCUAUCUGUUUAGGAAGUUGAGAAUGACAGAUAUGUUAUGCCUGAUUAGUAAUGCAGUAGUAGUGUGGGGGGCAUCUUUGGAGUGUUUCUGGAGGCACAUGUCAUGUGUCUGCUGCGGCGUCCACAGUGGAAUGUUCCCAUACAGGUCAUUAGGUGGGUCAAGGGCCUACAGUGUUUAGGUUCCCUGAUACUGAAAGCUCCCUUAAUGAUGUGUCGUGUGUGUGGUUGUGUGUGUGUGUGUGUGUGUUUCUGUUUUAUCUCUGUGAGCGAGUGUGUUUUUGUCUUGAUGCCUCUUUUGUGUUUCACAGCUCCAUGGAGUGUUGAGAGUAGUCAUGGAGCCAUUGCUAGGUGACAUGCCCCUGAUAGGAGCCCUGUCUCUGUUCUUCCUGAAGAAACCUGUAAGUUCUAGCCUUGACACACACUUCCUCUUUCUAUUAUUUGGAUUUAAGGUAACUUGCAUCAUUAGCAGCUUGCAAGACAGUUGUUUGACAAUGGUUAUUUCAUCACUGUUGUCAUGAAUGUCUGUGGAAUGCGGUAGGCCAGAGUCAAGCGCAGGACACCGAAUGAAAUGAAAAUCUACUUUACUGAAUAGUAAAGAAACAAGCAAAACCUCCAAACACAGGGAGGAGCAAACCCGCUCACAAACGACACUCGUAACAAGCAACAAACACGCACAACACACAGUGGGAGCGAACAGGUUAAAUAGGGAAGGACAUAAUACCAUAAUGGGAAACAGGUGUGCAACACUAGACAACAACCAGGUGAACAUAGAAACUUAGAACAUAGAUCGGCAGCAGCUAGUAUUCCGGUGACGACGAAUGCCGCAGCCUGCCCGAACCAGAAGGAAGGGCAGUCUCGGCAGAAUCCGUGACAACUGUCUUCCUUCCUGUAGUGCUGAGCCUCCAGGCCUAUGUUCUGCCUAAACUUUUGGCCAAUUUAAGUCAGAUACAAGUCCCGAGUGGAGACACUUGAGCCUUAAAUAGACACAGAUCAGACUUGUCCUACUUUGGUGGAUUUCUUUGCACUGCCUAUACCAGCCUCAGUGUAGACAUCAGAGAGAGGAAGCAGGAGGAGUGUAGUGGUAAGACUGUAAAUCACAGUGUUUUACAUGUUGGGACACAAGACACGCAGUGGGUGUUAAUUAUACAGUAUCUGAGUUGAAUUCAUCUUCUUUGAGAGCAGACCACAGACUGUGGACAAGCAGCUCCUGUUUCUGUGGCCUUGGGCCUGCUUUAUCUCUGUUAUCUGUCAUCUUAAUAAUGGGGGAAAAACACAUUUUAUGGAAGAAAUGUUGAGGUAAAGGAUAAAAAGGGUCCCUCUUCUCUCCGAUGUAGGGGGUAGGACUAUGUAAAAUAUUCUCCCGAAUGCUUCACAGUGAAGCGGACAACCCUUCGUUCUCCUCUUAAAUGGUUCGGUCUUGACUGCCAAAUAAAAUAACAUUCUGAGACAACUAGUGGAUGGGAGGAUACCAUAUUAGGCGAUGCCCUUGUCUGUGCUGUGUUGCCAGAGAGAUGAAACGCAGAGAACUGGAGGGAAAACACCCUUAGGAAGGCUACUCAAGUUCUGCAAUGCUCAGCUGUUUUAAUUGGUGCACAUUGUGUACAUGGUCUCCAAGGACCCUCCAUGAGUUGAUAAAUGUUAUGCUUGGAGAAGAAGCCUUAAUUGCCCCACACUGCUCUGCCAGUUCACUGCUACGCUACAGUACCCCUCUAUAAGGCUUCUCCACUGCAGCUGGUGUCACUCCAACCUUCUUUGGGUGUAAGCACCAGUGUUAUAUACAAAAGGCAACAUGUAGUAUUGGGCCAAACACUGGUACUGAUCCAUGCAGUGGAAAUAUGGAAUUGGCUACUUUGAUUGCCUUGCAGUGUUCCGGACAGUCCUUGCUCAACACUAUAUCUGCUGCAGUGUAGGCAACACACAAAGAGGGGGGGCUGUAAAAACGCAUUGAAAUCGAUUCCUUGAGCCAAGAGACACAUCAAAGUUCCGACUAGCAUAAAUCAAAAAAUACCUGUCGGCUUAGAAGUUACUACUUGUCCGAACCAGCCUGAUUGUUAGAUCCAGCCUGAUUGCAUACAUAUACUGUAUGUCUCACCGUCUUUGUGUGUUGUUUUGUAUAUUGAGACACCAUAGCCAUGAUAACGCGGUAGGUAGCUCAGGGGUUGAGAACGGAGCAGAAUACAUUUCUGUUGUUCGUAAACAAUACAUUUCUAUUGGGUAUUUACCACAGAAACGGAACGCAGCGAUAAGGCUGCUUCCACCAGGCUAACUAUAGGGUGAAACUAGGGUGAAAUUGCAGCAACAAAUAUGCUUGUUGGCACACCAUCUUGUCAUUUGUCAUGUGUAAAAUUGUCAGAUUUCCAAGGAAAUUGGUUUAUUUAUCAAGAGGCAAGGCAAUUAGCUCCUUUGGCUUCUGUUUUACUUUGCUGCCAUUGUCGGAAUGCUAUCUUUUGUUUUGAAUCAUAAAGAGCUUUGCACCGACACACCCUCCCUCACUCUGACAGUGAGUAAUUAUAUCACAGGAGUCACACAACAAUAAAGUUAAGUGCUUGAAUCAAUUUAGAUAAUUUACUUGAUCUCCCCACUUUUUCUGGCUAGUGUCCCUGUGUUCCCUUUUAUAAGAUGGUGUAUGUUUUGAGAUAAUUUAAGUAAAAAAUAAAAGCACAGGUGUGGCUUUUCAAUCGUUCUGUGUACAGCAUGUUCUUCCAGAUUCCAGACCGCUAAAUCAAAAUGUAUUUUGUUUUCAUCUAGCUUUUGGACAUCAACUGGAAAGGCCUCACCAAUAUACUAGACAUUCCUGGACUCAAGUAAGUAAAUUGAGUCAGUUUUGUGCUCCGGGGUGAAGUUUCUCCUAGGUCCAGAUCUAGGAUCAGCUUCCCCUCCCCAAUCCUAACCUUAACCACUAGUGGGGAAAAUGUAAAACUGACCCUACACCCUCUUUCAAAUUCACCCUACACCCUCUUUUGUCAGGCAAAGCUUUCACUACUUUUAGGUACAACACUUUUUGGGGUAUCUACAACCAUUUUUGGACUUUUAUAUUAAUGAUAUAUACACAUUGAUUCUUGAAAAAUAUAACGUAGAAAUGCCUUAUGAGCUUAGUUCAGCAGUCAUAUCCCAUCACAACCCAAAAUAUACACUUGUUUUACUCCCAUUUAGUUGUUAACAGUGUAGUUGUAAACAAACACUGUAUAAACUAUCAUAUUGAUAUCAUGGAUGGUGAGUCUUUGCAUCCAUAGCAUAUCUAUGAAUUUGAGAGUGGAUACAUUUCUCCAGCCCCAUCCCUGGGGGGGGCUUUGUUAUUGUUUGAACUGCAGAUUGCCCCUUUAAACUAGAGUGACCAUCGCCCUACGGCUGUUAGGCUUUCAGUCCAUUAUGCUCUGCUCAUCCCAACACAUACCUGCCUGGCAGCACCUGCGAGCUGUGAGACUAAUAAAGCUCACACAGCUCAGAAAGCAAUAAGGUUUUUAUGGUUGAACAAGCUGUUAUUUUAAUUUGCGCAACUCAUCUCUGACUUUAUAGAGAUCUAUAGUGUGUAAGUUGGGCUGCUCCACCAACUCUCUAGGGUUGCUAAAAUACUCUAUUCUGCCUCUCAACUCCGAAAUUAUGGGGUAAUGGGGAGGGGACUUGGGGAUUUCUUAUGGCUCAUUUAAAUGAAAGAGAACAUUGGAUGGUCUGCUUAUUGAGAGUAACUGUUACGCUUUAGUGUAGAAUAUAAUAGGCAUGACUGUAAAGAGGCAUUGGCUUAGAAGUAAGCACUUUUCUUGUGUUAUUUUCAAAAAAUUCUGGGGUAUGGCAGUGCUACUACUUGCAUUGCAUUGAAUUGAAUCCCACAAGAGCAAAUAGGAUUUGUCACCACUCACCAGCAAGACACGUACAGCAACAACAUACACAUGAUACGUCUGAGUCACAUAGACCGAGCACUGAUGGCUGGUGAAACAAGCACAACUCAUCCAUAAGCCAAUGGAUUCAAUAAAAUAGGUUUCCCCCUGCUGGUAAAGGGACCAUUACAAUGUUCUCAAGCCAUUUGAAGAGCAGAUAACCCUUGUCUUCUCUGCAGACCCAGGCAUCAUUUCUGUUAUCCACAUUCACUUCUUAGUUUCUAUAUGGUUGUGAGUUGACAGUGGCUUCUGCUCUUUAAACUCAUGUAAACACUAAUGUGGUGGUGGAAAAAAAGGCCCUAAUAAAGAUUUCAUGAUACAGCCACUCUCUUCCCCACAAUCUAUUUAUUUAGACACGGGUGUUGACACAUCCACAGCUCAGUGACGGAAAUCAUCUCCCCCCCAUCCCCCCACCGCAACACCACUAGUUCUCUGUAGAGGUGUAAUAGAUCUGUGAAGUCAGUACACUGUGGGCCUGUUUGUGGAGGCUCACAUGCCAGGUUCAUGGGCUAGGGGAUGGGGGGUGGGGUGAGGUGAGGUGCACCACAAGGGGGGCAUGCCUGUGGGCUAGUGACAGGACAGAACAGACCCGGGCAGCAAAGAAAUGACAGUCACAGAGACUACACUGUAACAGAAAACUGUAAAUUAUAUGGUAAUUUGGGGUAUUAUCAACAGUAAAAUACUCCGAAAUGUUUUACUGCAGCAUACUGUAAAUUAUGGUGCAUUGUGGGAAAAUGUUGUGGGUGGGAAAAUAAUUGCUGUGUUUUGAAUAAUUGCUGUGAGUGUAAUUCCACCCCACAGAGUACCGUACCGUACCUUUGGAGCGCCAAAAAACGUUUGACCAAAAGUGGGUGCAUGGUAUUGUUGUUUCUGGGCCAUUAACAUAUUUUGAGGCAUGCCUUGUAAGAGGCUAUAUUUGUUGUACCCGUGAGUGAGAAUGCUCUACCAAUUUAACUCCUAUGUUGUUAUAGUGCCCCAUCAAUUUGUGUAGGGGAUGGAUUGAAGUGGCAGUAAUUAAACCUUAAAUGGUUGAGCAUAAUGCCAUGUCCUUUUGGUCUGUUUUGCCCUGUAGUCACUGCCAGAUUGGAAACCUUUGUUAAGGCCUCUAGAAGUGCAAGUGAUAUCAAACACCAAAUAUUAAUUAAUAUGCUGUAAUGUGUAAACCCUUUACCUAGCAGCCAACCUGCUUGCACCAAUCCUUUGUAAUUACAGUAAAAUACUGUGAAAUACAAACCUUUCCCCUCAAUGAAUUUCAUUCAUCCAUUAAUUAAUUCCGGUUACAGUAGAAUUGACUUUUUUUUACAGUAUAAUACAGUAAAUGUUACAGUAUUGUAACUGUGUGUACUGUAAUAUUAAAUACAGAAUUGUACUUGCCACCAAGCUGCCUGUAAGCUACUGUCUGUAGCUCCCAACAACAAGCGACAGUCAGUGCCAGCUGCGUGUUGGAGGGGUGGCGUCUGCUGCGUCACAGAGUAGAGAAAACAGCUCACCCGCUCAUGCACGUGUGUGUACCUGGAUGUGUUCCUCGCUCAUGCACGUGUGUGUACCUGGAUGUGUUCCUCGCUCAUGCACGUGUGUGUACCUGGAUGUGUUCCUCGUGAUUGAUCACACACUAAAGAGGAAUCAUGUUCCCUGUAAUGCUCCUUAAUCUGCUCACAGAGAAGUGCUCCAUCUCUCUGCUCAGCUGCAAAAUAGAUGAUAGGAUACAAUUAUGACUAUGUUUUUUAGAGAAAUAAGUGAGAAAGUGUGAAGGAAUGUAUGUGGGGGUAUUUCAUUGGUUCUAUGCCUUUUCAUAAAACGAUAUAUACUUAUGUUUAAUUUUUACAGAUGGCUUCAACCCUCUCAUGCAGUUAUUUCUGUGUACAGAAUUAGGCCCAAGUGGAUAGCUUCAAGGUUUACAGAAAAUCUCAGCAGUUACUAGACCACUUAUAGCUAUCGACUUCUCUUAACCAGGCAUUGUAAUUCUCAGGCCGUAAGACCUCCUUAAUGUCACUGCUAAGUGUUGACUCCCUAGUGGAUCACAUUGAUAUUUCGAGGUUUGUGGCUUACUCCAGCAACAUGCUUGAACCCCUUCCAAUGUUCCUACCAUCUUAUAAAAUGGAAAAAAUAUAUGUUCCUUUGUGCUUAACUGAGAUUAGGUGAGAAUAUUUUUAUCCCAAGGUUGUACUCACUGACUGUGGGGUUUGUUGUGUUUCAUUUUUCUCAGUGGCUUCUCUGACAGUCUGAUUCAGGACAUUAUCUACAGCUACCUGGUGUUGCCCAACCGCAUCACUAUCCCACUGGUGGGGGAUGUAGAACUGGCUCAGCUACGUUUCCCUAUGCCAAAGGUACUGCAGCCUUUUACCUGUCUUAUAUCUAAUCAUACAUCAUCAUCAUAUUUCACACACUAAUUAAAGGAUCACUUUACUCAAAAAAACAUAUUUUAGUAUUUUGUUUAGUAUUUUGGCAUGCACAUUUUUGGGGACUAUAUAAACAAUGGACUAUUGAACAAAACACUAAAAGGUAGACUAAUAUCAAGAUGAAACCAUAUUCCAAGACAUUGGUUGUGUAGAUCCAGCUAUAUGCCUUCACCCCAAAUUAAUGGAAAAGAUAAGCAUUGUCUAAUUUCCUUGUUUUCCUGGUUUCCAUUCAUUUGGAGGAGAGGCAUAUAGAUGGAUCCACACAACCGAUGUUGUGGGACGGGGUUUCAUCUUGACUACUUUAGAGGUUUAGAGUACAAUUAGACUACUUUAGAGGUUUGAAAUCAUCUGACAAACUUUUAUUUGAAAGUGCAAUGUCCAUUUAAGGUUUAGCUGUGUCCUAUUUUAAAGUGUCCCUGUGCUGUGUGUGUCACCAGGGAGUCCUGAGGAUUCACUUCCUGGAGGCUCAGGACCUGGAAGGGAAGGAUACAUUCCUGGGUGGCCUGAUCAAGGGGAAGUCUGACCCCUACGGUGUCAUCCAUAUUGGCAACCAGCUCUUCCAGAGCAAGACCGUCAAAGAGAGCCUGCACCCCAAAUGGAACGAAGUUUACGAGGUAAACGAAAUAAACUGAAAAUGAACUCUUCCAAUGGCACAUAUGGUUAUAUCAUACAGUAACUUCCCCAGGGGCAGAAACAUCAAUAAUAUCUGCCCCUCUGUGCUAACUACCCCAGAGACAGCAACAUAGGGUAUAUGUAGAACCAGAUACAGCUUACAUGCAUACAGUUCCUUCGGAAAGUAUUCAGACCCCUUGACUUUUUCCACAUUUUGUUACGUUACAGCCUUAUUCAAAAAUUUAUUAAAUUGUUUUUUUUCCCCCUCAUCAAUCUACACACAAUACCCCAUAAUGAUGAAGCAAAAAAUGUUUUUUAGAAAUGUUUGCUAAUUUAUUAAAAAAUAAAAAUCUAUAAAAAUAUUACAUUUACAUAAGUAUUCAGACCCUUUACUCAGUACUUUGUUGAAGCACCUUUGGCAGCAAUUACAGCCUCAAGUCUUCUUGGGUAUGACGCUACAAGCUUGGCACACAUGUGUUUGGGGAGUUUCUCCCAUUCUUCUCUGCAGAUCAUCUCAAGCUCUAUCAGGUUGAAUGGGGAGUGUCGCUGCACAGCUAUUUUCAGGUCUCUCCAGAGAUGUUUGAUCGGGUUCAAGUCUGGGCUCUGGCUGGGCCACUCAAGGACAUUCAGAGACGGAAGGUUCUCCCAUCUCCACAGAGGAACUCUAGAGCUCUGUCAGAGUGACCAUUGGGUUCUUGGUCACCUCCCUGACCAAGGCCCUUCUCCCCCGAUUGCUCAGUUUGGCCGGGCGGCCAGCUCUAGUUAGAGUCUUGGUGGUUCCAAACUUCUUCCAUUUAAGAAUGAUGGAGGCCACUGUGUUCUUUGGGACCUUCAAUGCUGGAGAAAUGUUUUGGUACCCUUUCCCAGAUCUGUGCCUCUGACACAAUCCUAUCUCGGAGCUCUACGGACAAUUCCUUCGACCUCAUGGCUUGGUUUUUGCUCUGACAUGCACUGUCAACUGUGGGACCUUAUAUAGUCAGGUUUGCGCCUUUCCAAAUCAUGUCCAAUCAAUUGAAUUUACCACAGGUGGACUCCAAUCAAGUUGUAGAAACAUCUCAAGGAUGAUCAAUGGAAACAGGAUGCACCUGUGCUCAAUUUCGGGUCUCAUAGCAAGUAAAUCAAGUAUUAAUACAUUUGCAAACAUUUCUAAAAACAUGUUUUCGCUUUGUCAUUAUCGGGUAUUGUGUGUGAUUGCUGAUGAUUUUUAUUUAUUUAAUCGAUUGUAGAGUAAGGCUGUAACGUAACAAAAUGUGGGAAAAGUCAAGGGGUCUGAAUACUUUCCGAAGGCACUGUAUUUCCAACAGUCCAAUAUUUCCUCUUAUUUUUGGCUCUCAUGCAGUUUUACCUACCAUGUCAUGUUUUACCAGCCCUUUGGCUGUAUUCAAUGUGACCUACUGUAUCUGAGAUUGGAGAUGAAUUGACAUAAGUCAUUUCCAGGCCCUGGUAUAUGAGCACUCAGGCCAACACCUGGAGAUUGAGUUGUUUGAUGAGGACCCAGACAAAGAUGAUUUCCUGGGGAGGUGAGCUCAUGUCCUUUUCUUAUUACCCCAUGGUCAAAAAGCUUAAUAUUCCUCUGCAUUGUGAGUUAUCGUACCCAAUAUCAAACAAAUGAUCUUAUAAUAGCCACGGCAGUCCAUUUAACUCUAGCCUGAAAAUAUGUCACAAACUUAGCUCUGGUACCGAGCCUUCAUUGUCAGCAAGCUGCACGUAACGCCCUGGAGCAGAGCUAUCGCAGUCUUAGCAUCCAUCUUCUCACCACAAAACCUUACUCCUAUAUGUCGAAGUGAAGGGUGACCCCUUAUAAGAGAGAAGAGACUAAUUUAAGUAUCUUUGAUGUAUUAAGUAUCUGUGAUCAGUCACAUUAGGAGUUAGACUAAAGCCCUGGUUCUUGGGCCUCAUCCCAAGGGGAGGCUGAUUUGUUUUGUCUGGCUCUAUUGCUGCUAAAGCAUAGCACCCAACAGGGUCCUGUCUGUGUCCCAAAUGGCACCCUAUUCAAAUAUAAUUGUAUUUGUCACAUGCGCCGAAUACACCUUACAGUGAAAUGCUUACUUACAAGCCAUUUGCCAUUUGAUUAGCUGUUCAGGAUUCUUAUGGCUUUGGGGUAGAAGCUGUUAAGAUGCCUUUUGGACCUAGACUUGGUGCUCCGGUACCGCUUGCCGUGCGGUAGCAGAGAGAACAGCCUAUGACUAGGGUGGCUGGAGUCUUUGACAAUUUUUUGGUCCUUCCUCUGACACCGCCUGGUAUAGAGGUCCUGGAUGGCAGGAAGCUUGGCCCCAGUGAUGUACUGGGCCGAAUGCACUACCCUCUGUAGUGCCUUGUGGUUGGAGGCUAAGCAGUUGUCAGACCAGGCAGUGAUGCAACCAGUCAGGAUGCUCUCAAUGGUGCAGCUGUAUAACUUUUUGAGGAUCUGAGGACGCAUGCCAAAUCUUUUCAGUUUCCUGAGGGGGAAUAGGCAUUGUCGUGCCCUCUUCACGACUGUCUUGGUGUGUUUGGACCAUGAUAGUUUGUUGGUGAUGUGGACACCAAGGAGCUUCUGUUGUGAUGAAUCAGGGUGUUUACUUCAUCCUCCCCUACUGAUUUCUUAUCCAAUCUUUGUGUCUUCGAUUGCAGCCUGAUGAUCGAUAUGAAAGAGCUUUACAAAGAGCAGAAGGUAGAUGAGGUAAGUCUGACAUCUUUUUUUCAUCUUCAAAUAAAAUAAAAACAUGAACUUGGCUUUAGUUCAGCACUUCGAUAGAGAUUUAUUUGCCGUAGUAUAUUAUCUGUCUGUGUUCAUUUGAAGAUAGUGUGAUGUCAUCCAUGAGAACUGUACACUAUGCAUGGACGGGAAGCUAUAACCUUUAUUGUGUGAUUCACUCACUACUUUACUCUGUUGAGAUGUGGUGUAUGUCCCAAAUUGCACGUUAUUCCCUUUAUAGUGCAAUACAUUUGAUAUGGGCCCUGGUCAAAAGUAGUGCACUAUAAAGGGAAUAGGGUAUCAUUUGGGAUGCAGCCUUGAACAACCUGUCGUUCUAGUGGUUUGACCUGGAAGAAGUCUCCACGGGGAAACUACACAUGAAACUGGAGUGGCUCUCUCUGCUCUCCACCCCUGACAAGAUGGACCAGGUGCAGUAUCACAAACCCUUCUCUUUUCAAUGUUGAUACUUACUUACCCCCUCCCCAAAUCAUCUGAUAAUUCAAGACCUUGUAUAAAGACAUCUUACUAGGAGGGUAGCUUGGACACCUUGUCCGCAUCCCAAAUGGAACGCUAUUUCCUAAUUACUGUAGUGUGCUACUUUUGACCAGGGCCCAUGGUGGGAUGCAGCCCUUAGCUUAGCCUCUCUUUCAGUCUUGUUACUGCCAGAUCUGUGUUGAUUAAUUAAGUAACACGUGAAUUACAAGGCUUCUCCUAGUCUCAGUAGUGACCUCCCCGUCUCUCCUGUCCAAUCAGGUUUUGAGGAACGUGCGAGCUGACAGAUGCCUGGCCAAUGAUGGACUCUCAUCUGCUCUGCUGGUGGUGUACUUGGACUCAGCCAAGAACCUGCCGGUGAAUAGAGCUGGGUGACAGGAAUUUACAGUUAAAGGUUGAAGGAGUGCUCUGGUGGUAGAGUGAAGCAGAUUGCUAAAUUAUUGAAUGUGAGGCAUCUUUAGACUGCUGCAGGUGAAAGCACAUUGCACGGCGGUUGAUUACAUUUUAGUCAUUUAGCAGACGCUCUUAUCCAGAGCAAUUUACAGGAGCAAUUAGGGUUAAGUGCCUUGCUCAAGGGCACAUCGACAGAUUUUUCACCUAGUUGGCUCGGGGAUUAGAACCAGCAACCUUUCGGUUACUGGCACAACGCUCUUAACCACUAAGCUACCUGUACAUGAUAGCAUUUACUUCAGAAUUAUAGCAUCUUUUCCCAUGCUAUACACAUGAAUGUACAUUUUUUACAAAGGUAGGCCCUAUAGCAUGUUGUGAAUAAGGAUACAGAGAAUAAUGUAAUAUAUUUCUACUUUCUGGACAUAUUCUACUCCACCCAAGGGAGCUAUUGUGAAUCAUGCCAAAUUUAACUUGAAAAGAAUGUUCAGAAAUAUUGCUAACCCAGCUUAACAAGCAUUUUCAGUACACAUUUCCAGGUGUUGUUCAGUCAACAUGCCAUAGUUUACUGUUCUCACCUCAACCCUGUCUCUCUGGUCGUCCACAUGCACAACACACCUUUAACAUGACGUGAGCACCUCAAUGGCUUCAUUUGUGUGUCUGUUUGUUGAAACUUCUGUUUUUCUCCUUCUUCAACACACUCUUUCACCUUUGAACGUUGACCUUAACCAACAGAUCAAUAUCAGCCCAAGACAGUCAACUCCUAAAUGAGCCAGGCAGCGUCUUUAGCCUCUUUAGCAUCUAAGCCAUACUUUAUUUACCUUCUUCUCUCCCUGUUCUUUCCUAUAAAGAGCGUCUUCACCGGGAGCUUUGGGUGCGGAAACCUAAAAGAGAGGAGAGCAUCUGGCCUAGUAUUUUGUGAGAGCAAUACCUCAAUGUAUAGAACUUUAUUUGUGAGUCAUCCGGUACUCUGCAUCCUAGAGUUAGCAUUAGCAGUGUGUGGUGGGGUUGAACAGUAACACACUAGCUCUGGUGCAGGGCGUCGUUCGGAUCCGCACUCACUAUCACACAGUCGAACAAUGCCCUGGACCAGAGCUAAGUAACAGACCUGCUGCAGUGAGUCUUGUGCCAUAAAGCAUGUUGAUUGACUCUGCUGCAUGGUUGCAAAUCCUAAUAAUAAUAUUUUUAUACAGUAAUUUCCCAUACCCGGUGGAUCAUGAAUAUUUAUCAUAUUGACUAAAUAAUAAUUCCAAUAACACCAAGGUGCAGGCAGGCAAAAUAUGGUUUCCAAAUAACUAUUGAUUUCAAGGUGUCAGGGUUUUUUGAUUGAGGGCACUAUUUGUGGCGCAUCACUUCAAGGAUGCGUUGACGCCUGUCGUUUGCGCUCAGUCUAAACAGAGGUGACAGGCAAGGAUAAUGUUGCUUUUAGUGUCUGUUCAGUGGACCAUUAGGUCUAAGUAAGGGAAUAUUGAAAUACUGUCAGAUCUCUUAUUAGCUCGAUAUAAACAACAUCCCUAAUCACAAGUUCCUCCAAGCACCUCAUCCUAAAGCUUCUCCCAAAAAGAAAGGAUAUUUUCAUUCUCCUUUAUUCAGCUUUUCUUUUAUACUGCCUUCUAUUCAUUCAUUAUAAUGUCCCCAUUGUUACCUAUUGUACAUAGAUUGAUGUUAUUCAUAUGUUGGACAUUCCUCUCCCUAUAUUUAUUGGCUGUCUCCUUUCAUUUGUUCAUUUUCCAUUCUCUAUGGGUUGUUGUUGUUCCCAUACUACUUAAUACAACCUAACCUAGCUCUGGUCCAGGGCGUUGUUCGGCUGCGCUCUCAUUAAGAGAGUGCUACCGAACGACGUCCUGGACCAGAGCUAAACCUAACCAUACUCAAUCCCCCAUCCCACUAACGCUGGGUCUGAUUUUCUCCCCGUCUCCCCUUUUGUAUAAAAGAGCAACCUGUUUAAUUUCAACCAUGACGUGUUGAAGCAAGCCUCUGUCUUUAAGUCCCUGAAGGUAAAGUAAGAAAGUGGGAGGAUGCAUGCCAUGCACAGAUAGCACGCAUAGACGGCUUAUGUGUUCUCAGUCUGUGCCCUUCCUUACUUUGUGCCAUCCAAAUUUACUUUGAUUAUUAUGAUCAUUUAUGGUGCUACUUAUCCGUAAAUGCAUUGUUUAUCCAUUGUGAGUCAUUGUCAUUAUUCUUGCUUGGAGAUUGAUGAUCACUCUGUCUAUGUCAAUGCCACAAGCAUCACUUUAUAGCUUUUCAUUUACUACACACAAUGAGAACUGGAUUUUCACAUACCUACACCUGUUGCACACCUGCUCUGUAGUUGUACAAACCAGGGGCCGUAUGGAUCAAGCAUCUCAGGAUCAGGUCCACCCUGUCAAGUGAUCUUAUUCAUUGUGAUCUAAAAGGCAAAAUCCUAAGUCUGAACUCCUCUGAGAUACUUGAUACAUAUCUAUGGCCCCAGAUGUUUAAUGACAUGCACUAUAACGUGUAAUAUCCAAGCUCCAAAUAUGUUCAUUUGGUGGAUGAAGAAAGAGGGAGAGGUAGAACUAGAGAGGGAGGAUAAAUCCAAACCUCACUCACUUGGUUCCCAUAUUUCAAUGUUUGUGCAUUGAAAUGGAACCCUCUACACAUUUUAAUGUAGAGCUUGGUCUAAUUCAAUAAUUCGUCCUGAAUGUAGAUCUGCAUUUGACCAAUCCUUUUGUCCUCUGACUAAACACCAAUUCUGGCAUGUGAUAGUUUGGGGUUGUGUCUUUCUCAGGCUGUUUCAUAAACCUAUAUUUUAUAUAUAUAUAUAUAUAUUAGGCUAAAGCAAUCUCCAGGAGGUAGGGAUGCACUUUAGUCUGGUAACUUUAGACUCAUACAUUGGAUGUCUCCCAAAUGGCACCCUAUUCCCUAUAUAGUGCAUGACUUUUGACCAGAACCUACGGUAUGGGCCCUCGUCAAAAGUAGUGCACUACACAAGGAAUAUGGUGCCAUUUGGAACACAGAAAUUGUUAUAUGUACAUGGUAUCUAUUAUAAACCGGUUGCCAACAGUGAGAGUUAUUGGGUUUCAAAGCUGAGAUUGAGCUUGAAAUUAGAAUGAAGAAUGUGGUCUAACUAAGACCAAGGGUGACUGUUUCCUAGCUACUGUGCAUUGUCCAAAAAGCCCUAUCUGCCAAAGUGUACUAAAUAAGGAAUAGAGAACGAUUUGGGAUGCAGCCUAAUUUAUAUUCUCAUUUAUCUGAGGAUAGACACUCUGACCCAUUUUCUCACUGAUUUCAGUGUGUUUCUACUGUAUAAUAUUUGUGUUACUACAAUAAGCUUAAGAUCAACAGUGUUUUCAGUGUGGGUUUUUGUCUUAGUAACACUCAUUCAGAGCCACUCUUUUCCUGGUCAUCUCUCACAGUCCGGCAAGAAAAUGAGCAGUGAACCAAGUUCUUACGUUCAUUUCACAGUUGGGAACAAAUCAUUUGAGAGUAAGGUAAGAAACUACAGUGGGCAUGGUUUCUGUAGAUAAUUGUAAAUGAUCAGUGUAAACAUCAUAUUUCACUCCUGUUCUCAUGUUGAUUCUAUUAUUUUCUAUUACAGCAUAUUCUAUUCUAAAUGUGUUUUCUUCAGAUCCGCUAUAAGACCAAUGAGCCCAUGUGGGAGGAAGCGUUCUCCUUCCUCGUCCAUAACCCCAGGAGGCAGGAGCUGGAAGUGGAGGUACUGCACACUGCACACUUUACAUACAUGUUUCAUCAUACCACAACUGGUAGGUGAUCUAUUUGUAUACAUGUAUUUUUGAUGUUUUUGCUUGGGUCAAACAUUGAGUUUACAGUAAGUGUAUGUGAAUUAUAAGAUCUCUGAUGUUAACCCUUUGUUGGCUUGCCUGUCUAUGUCCAGGUGAAGGACGACAAGCACAAGCGCACCCUGGGUAAUCUUACAGUCCCCUUGAGUGGUCUGUUGCUGGAAGAGGACAUGAUGUUCACUCAGCAGUUUUCCCUGAGGAACUCUGGACCCAGCUCCACACUCAAACUGAAGUUGGCACUCAAGGUAAGGAUAUACAGUGUCUCAAAUGGCACCCUAUUCCCUAUGUAAUGCACUACUGUACUUUUGACCAGGGCCCAUGGUGCUCUACAUUGUAGGGAAUAGGGUGCCAUUUGUGACACACCCAUAAUAGACCUGCUGUCUAUUUUCUAAAGUUACUGAUUGUAGUGUGUAAAGAAAUUGUCCUAUUACAAUGUACAGUAUAGCACUGUGCUCUGCUCUUCUGUGUCUCAGGUUCUGUGUCUGGAGAAGCAGACGAGUGCAUCGGACCAGCCCUCCUCUGUCCAGGUGAGGAAAGCCAGCGUGGUCAACCCCACCGUCCCCUCCCAGAGACUCUCCACAUCGGAGUCACCUCUUCCCCCAGCCACCACCUCCCCACCACCGCCCAUGGAGGCCUCCACCCACACCCUCCAUGGCAGGGAGGAGCCGUACGGAGGCAGCCCCAUCAGGAGCACCUCCAUCAGGAGCACCUCCAACCUGAACACCACCAUAUCCAGCUCCCAGAAACAUCUGCCCCACAAGGACUCCAUGGCCAGUCUGGCUUCUGACAUCUCCCUGCCCUUCGCCACCCUAGAGCUGCAGCAGAGGCUCAGGCAGCUGCAGAAGUAAGUCACACCCACACGCACACAAUCACUAUCACGAGGUAAGGUAAAUGUAAUCCCAAAUCUGUGCUGUGUUGUGUUUUCAGUGGAUCUGCCCCUAGUCCGUACCCCAUGGGGGAGAUUCAACUGACUGUCCGCCACAGCUCCCAGAGGAACAAGCUCAUCGUGGUGGUGCAUGCUUGUCGGUCAGUCAGUGGCCUCACAUAACACACUAGACCAGUCACAUACAGUACAGGCCAGUUUCCUGGACACAGAUUAAGCCUAGUCCUGGACUAAAAAACAUGCUCAUUGGUGAUUCUCCAUCGAAAGAGCCAGGACUAAGCUUAAUGUGUGUCCAGGAAACCUCCCGCUGUGUUCAUCUUAAAUACCACAAGUUCAGGACAUACUCUGUUCAGAUUUCAAUGUGCCUGAUGGACCCCAUGCACAUUUUGCCCUCAGAAAUCUCAUUGCAUUCACUAAGGAUGGAUCAGAUCCUUUCAUUCAGAUUUACCUGCUCCCUGACAAGAGCCGGACAGGCCGGAGGAAGACCAGCACCAUAAAGAAAACCCUGAACCCUGUGUAUGAUCAAACGUGAGUUCUGACUGACUGUCACUGUAGGCCACAACCAUAGAAUUACAUAUAGGAUUUAUAAGUAAUAGUAGUACAUUGGAUCUCUAUGGCCACCUACUACAUUAUGCAACCAAUUCACAACCAUCAAAAUAAUUCACAAAAUCAUCCAUUGGAUUCAUUCAUUACCCAAUAUCACUACAGUAGGAAAUCCUCACUCAGAAAUAGAAAAAGGAGAAUCCUACAGUGUGUGUUUUGUUCGUCUGCAGGUUUGAGUUUAGUGUGUCCAUGGUGGAGCUGCACAGGAGAACUCUGGACAUCGCUGUGAAGAAUAGAGGAAGUAUACUGUCCAAACACAGAGGACUCCUCGGGAAGGUAGUGUCUCCUCACAAAAGAUAGGGUAUGUCCCAAAUGGCACCCUAUUCCCUAUGAAGUGCACUACUUUUGACCAGACCCCUAUGAGCCCUGGUCAAAAGUAGUGCUCUAUAUUGGGAAUAGGGUGCCAUUUGCAACACAGACAUAGCCAGUUGCACUUGAAAAAAUAAAGGAGCAUGAUGAAUGUUAUCCGAUUGUUGUUGACUCUAGCAAUGCUACUUUACUUAUUACGGUAUAGGUGAUGGUGGAUUUGAGUGGUGAGGAUAUAUCCAAGGGCUGGACACAAUGGUAAGAUGCUCUUUAACCAAUUUGUGUUGUCAGCUCUGUGCUGUAUUUGUGUUAACAUUUGAUACAAAUUUUAUUUGGUUCAAUAAACUAGGCUGUUUGUUGUUCAUUCUAUGGUUGCAUCUUCGGGUGUGAGAAAAUUGCUAUAGAAAUCCUAUGUAUGUAUUAUAUUUGUUAGUCAUAUUUUAGUUUUAAGCCAUUGCCAUUUGUUGCCCCACUGGUGUCUUGUAGGUAUGAUCUCACUGAAGAUGGCAGCCGCAAAACAGUCCAGGCAUAG